CGCCAUCGGUGACACCGAACCCACUUCUUCUUUCAAAAGUUAACCAGUGAAAAGACCUUAAAUACACCUCCCCUCGUUAUUAGUUUAUCCACCAACAUUACCAGACAACCAAUCAAACCCCUCUCCUUUGCCUAUAAAAGCCCCCUUUCCCCUCGUUUGAUAUCCUUCUUUCGUUUCGCCUUUGCUUGCUCGCGUAGUCUACACUCUCCGCUUCUCUUCGCGUUUCUUUUCCUUCAACCAGCUAAGUGUUCUUAAUUUUCAUUCUUUUCUCUUCCUUUUAAGUCUCUUCGCUCUUUCUGUUUCCUUUUUUUAUCUAGCUUAGAUCUAGGGUUUUUCGGGUUCUGCUUUUUUUUUUGGCUGCUUUGUUCAUGUCCGAUAAGCGGAUCGGGCGAUUGGUAGUCAGGUCUUCGUAAAACCAUUCCUAUGAUUUUAUAUUUUCUAUGAGCUCAAUCCUCAUGCGUCGAAUCCGUAUUCUCCACUCGUUUUCGGUCGUCUUCCUUUACUGGUUCUACGUUUUCUCAUGAAUUAUCCCCCUUUUUGAUCAUCAAUCUCCUCAUCUAGAUCUAACACGUAGUUAAUUUCUGACUUAAAAUUUGAAAUCCCUAAUUUGUCAUUCAAUUUAUUAAUUCCUAUUAAAUAUUCUCCGGGAUAAAAAAAAAAAAAAAAAGAGAAACCCUUCCCCUGAGAUGGCUUCUGUUCAAAGGCCAGCGAGUUCCCCCGAUUCCGAUCCACGAUAUGCUAACAUCGACGAGAGGAAAAGGAAGAGGAUGCUGUCAAACCGUGAAUCCGCAAGGCGGUCACGUAUGAGGAAGCAGAAGCAGCUCGAAGAUUUGGUUAACGAAGUGAGCACAUUACAGAAAGAUAACAGCCAGCUAUCUGAAAGGAUCAACGUCGCCACCCAACGCUUCAUCGAGAUGGAAUCCGCCAACAACGUGUUAAGAGCUCGGGCAAUGGAAUUGACCGAGAGACUACGGUCCCUGAACUCGGUGCUGUACAUUGUGGAAGAAGUCAGCGGAUAUGCCGUUGAUAUCCCGGAGAUUCCGGAUCCUCUGAUGAAGCCGUUGCAGCUCCCCUGUCCGAUGCAGCCAGUUAUGGCGUCGGCUGAUAUGUUCGAGUAUUGAUGGAUAGACUCUUCUUCCUUGUUGGGCAAAUAUGGGUCCUUUUAUUGGGGUCUGUUUUUUCUAGCGAGUCGUUGGUUAAUGUUAUCUUUUUCCUUUUUCUUUCCUAUGUUUCUGUUACUUUUAGGUAAUGUGCAAUAAGGUUUAUGUUAAUGUGGAGUCUGUUGAAUGGGGAGUUUGGUUUUGUAGAAACCUUUUGUGUUUUCCGUUUUUGUGUACUUUUGGAUUUCUAUGGAUAUGUUGAAAGUUUCUGUAUUGUCAAUUUCUUUGUGACUACUUGUUGAUGUGGAUGCAUUAACAGGGUUGUUGUAGAGUGUGAUAUAGGCAUAGUUGGGGUUUGUUUUUGCUAGGUUUGGUGGGAAGAAGCCAAGAAAGGGAACUCAGUUGUUUGAAACUUUUGAGUUUAUCUCGUGCUUUGGUUACAUCACAAGAACAAAAAGGUAAAAAGGUUUAAGAACUUUGUAUCCACCCUUUCUUCCUCUAGGCAUUCUUAGCAUAGAAAAUGCGAGCUGGAAUGUGCCAAUUAUUGUUUUGAUGAUAGCAAGUGGUAUCUUUGUUUGGAUAAAUUAUGUUGAGAGUUUAAUUGAAUUGCAGCAUUUAUUUCUAUUAGUCACUCCAGUAGUUCUUUCUCCAAAUUAUUCAAUUUGGUGAUCGGAGGGACAUGUAGUUGCAUUUUGGUUGGGAGUUUUGGAUUAGUUAGAAGCUGGAUUAAAACUUUGGCUUGCAUAUUCACUGUGAAUUUGAUUCUGUAAUAGGAAUUCUAAAAUGCUUUAUCUUGUUUGUGCUCCUUGCUCCUGCACGGGCUGUGAUUUUUCUUCAUUGUUAGUGAUAUGGACUCUUUCACAAGUCUUGUCUAUUAAUUGAUUAAUGGAGUUUUCCUUUAGUAAAGUGAUUAACGGUUCAUAUA